AAUGUAUGUUACUUGCCAAACUCUAUACCCAGCCUGGGAGGCAAACCAGAAGCAGUAAGAAGAGGGAUAAAAGAAAAAAAAAUCCCCCAUUCAGGGCACUUAUUGUCUACUAGCAGACGUAGAAGUUAACCUCCUAAAGCCAAGGAAAAACAUAAAAUUACAGCUUUGAGACAAGUGCCAUGCAAGAAAACACAUGCCAUGUGGGAAAAAAAAAGAAAUCUUUGUCAAGAAAGGUGAGGGAGAUUUUCUUGAAUGAAUGAUUCAUUGAACUCUGAAGGGCCAGCAGAAGUGAACCUUUAGAGAAAGGGGAAGGAAUGGAGUUUCAAUGAAAGGGAACAGCGAGAAAGUGGGUCCUGUGAUAGGAAGACAACAAACUGCAGGGUGGGGAAGCUGGUGACAGUAGAGAUGGAUUUGUCAAGAUAUGGGUUUCAUCCUAGCAGGUGGGUAUUUGCAAUCAAGAAGGCAAUAAAUUGGGUUAAUCUUGAGAAGAUCGUUCUUAUUGUAUGGAGAAUGGCUUGGACUAGAAGUAGUAGAUCAGAGUAAAAACAGGAGACUAGCAAUAAAACUAGACAAGAGGACAGAUGGUAGUUUGGACGAGCAGGUUGAAAGUGGAUUGGUUUGCUCAGCACUCCAGAGGUAACAUUGCCAGGAUGUGGGAAAGAGCAUGGAGAGAGAAAGUAGUUUCAGAGAUGACUCCUGGAUUCCUGGCCUGGGGAUGACAGAGGGAUGAAUCCCGGCUGGCAGGGUGGGACUGCCUCAGCUCUCUCUCUACAAUCUUACUCCUCCUGUCUGUCUGUGAUGCUGGAAGGCCAUUCCAGGUCUCUGGGCUGUGUCUGUUUAGGCCUUAGCACUGUUGGCUCAGUCUUUUCAACAGGAAGGGAAGCGUCUCAGUUUAGUCAACAGCCCACCUCCACGAUCAUUCUCUCUGCAGGCAGGGCUGAUGCUGAGCCACGUGCAACUCUGAAAGCAUUUCCAGGGAAUGGUAGGCUGGCUUCAUAAACGCUAAGUGAACUUCUGUGUUCCUGCCAGACACUGAUAUAUGAAGCAAUGCUGGGAAGGGCUUGUGUAGGAGAGUUUUUUUGUUGUUUUUUUUUUAAAACCCACCUCUGAGAUAUCUCUUGAAUGGCAGUUGACAAUUAGCGACUAAGUAAAAGGAGGCACUUAUUUUUAUUGAGGCCCUGACAGCUUUAUGUUCACUCUUUUAAAGCCAAGAGUCAUGUGUAUAAAGGUGAGUAGGGAGGAAAAAGGGGGGUGGAAAGGAAGAAGCCAGGAGGGCUGGGCAGGUGCCGGCAGAUCCCAUGUUUCCUGCCAGGGAAUCAGACUGAACAGUAUUUGCAAGCAUGUGCUGAUCUGGAAGCCAGAGAGGACGGGGCUCCAGUUCAGGGAGGAGAGGCUCCAGGCUGGCUCUCACGCUGAAAGUCCUGGCUGCUACCAUGCCUCGUAUUCCCAGGAUGCCGCGCUGGGAACUGGGCUGUGGCUUUCCUACCCUGGUGCUGCUCUUUUGUUGGGAUUACAGGAAGAAAAGCCCCAGGCUCCGAAAGAAAGCGGUGUUUGGUCAGCGCUUGGAUGAAACUGUGGCCUAUGAACAGAAGUUUGGCCCCCACCUCGUGCCCAUCCUGGUAGAGAAGUGUGCAGAGUUCAUUCUGGAACACGGUGUGAAUGAAGAGGGCAUCUUCCGUCUGCCUGGGCAGGACAACCUGGUGAAGCAGCUGAGGGAUGCUUUUGAUGCUGGGGAGAGGCCCUCCUUUGACAGAGACACAGAUGUGCACACCGUGGCCUCUCUAUUCAAGCUCUACCUCCGAGACCUCCCAGAGCCAGUGGUUCCUUGGAGCCAGUAUGAGGGAUUCCUGCUCUGUGGGCAGCUCAUGAAUGCAGAUGAGGCAAAGGCUCAGCAAGAGUUGAUAAAGCAGCUCUCCAACCUUCCUCGUGACAACUAUAGUCUCCUGAGCUAUAUCUGCAGGUUUCUACAUGAAAUCCAGCUGAACUGUGCUGUUAACAAGAUGAGUGUGGAAAACCUGGCUACUGUGAUUGGUGUGAACCUCAUCAGGUCGAAGAUUGAAGACCCUGCUGUGAUUAUGAGAGGAACUCCACAGAUCCAAAGAGUCAUGACGAUGAUGAUAAGAGACCAUGAAGUCCUCUUUCCCAAGUCCAAGGAUGCACCACUGUCACCCCCUGUCCAGAAAAAUGACCCUAAGAAACCACCAGUGCCUCGAAGUUCUGUAGGUUGGGAUGCUACUGAAGACACUCCAGUUUUCAGGACAGGAAGUACUAGUAACAGGACAAGUGAUUCAGAUGCUAGUAGUCCCACUAGACUACAGCCAAGUGACCAGCAGCAAGAAGACAGCAGCAAGAUUCCCAGGGAAAAGUCAGGAGAUUGGAAGAUACAAUCUCGAAAAAGGACUCAAACACUCCCUAACAGGAAAUGUUUCUUAACGUCAGCUUUUCAAAGUGCCAAUAGCAGCAAAGCAGAGGUCUUUAAAAAUGAAUUUUGGUCUUCAGGGGCCAAGGCAGGGGAAGGGCACAGGAGAACCAUGUCUCAGGACUUGCGCCAUCUUUCUGACUCCCAGAGGACUUCUACCUAUGAUAAUGUCCCUGUCCUACCAGAGGGUUCUGGGAACACAGAACCUGUGCUGUCUUCCUCUGCUUGUGAUUCUGGCACAAACUCUGAAACUGGGCCUGGAAGGAAGAACUCCGGAGAAGAAGAACUGGAUUAUCUGCAGAGGCUGGUCCAGGACCUAAGGAAGGAAAUAGAAAUACAGAAGCAAACAUAUGAGGAGCAGAUAAAAAACCUUGAGAAGGAAAAUUACGAUGUCUGGGCUAAGGUAGUAAGACUCAAUGAAGAGCUGGAGAGUGAAAAGAAGAAAUUUGCUGCAUUAGAAAUCAGCCUGCGCAACAUGGAGCGCUCCCGGGAGGAUGUGGAGAGGAGGAACAAGGUCCUGGAAGAAGAAGUCAAGGAAUUUGUAAAAUCAAUGAAGGAGCCUAAGACCAAGACAGAUGCUUGAGGGUUCCAGGAGUACUGCUAGGAUAACCUGUUGAGAAGGGCCCAGCUCUGCUGCUUCUCAUCUGCUACCUGAUGAUAGGGAAACCAAAGUACACUCUGAGAGUCCUAAAAGGGACAAUUGUGAGGAGAAACACGCUUCCUAGUAAAUAAAUUGGCAGAGUUUUCAGGAAGCUAAGGGUCAGCGGAGACUCAUAUGGACACGUGGCACUUGAGUCUUUUGUGCGUGAGGCAAUUGUGUUAUUCCUCCGUAGCCUCAGGCAGAGUGAAAUGGAACUUUCCAGGUAGAUUGACUACAGUCCAAUGGAGACCCUUGGGGCAGGACAUCUGAG